GAUGUUGUUGGGCUUUCUCGGCGGUGGCAGCCGUGGAAGGUAUUACAAAGAUUGCAAAAGGUGAUCUUGUAUCCCUGUCGGAACAGCAGCUGGUGGAUUGUAGCAGAGACUUUAACAAUGGAUGCAAUGGAGGGAUAAUGUCAAAAGCUUUCGAGUACAUUAUUAACAACCAAGGAAUCACCACGGAGGAUAACUAUCCUUACCAAGAAUCACAAGGAACAUGUUCUUCAGCCAGCCAAGUUACUGAUUUCAUUGCUGCUACCAUAAGCGGAUACGAGACGGUUCCAAGUGAUGACGAGGAAGCAUUGCUAAAAGCGGUGUCUAAACAGCCUGUUUCUGUGGCGAUAGCUGGAUCAGGGGCUGCGUUUAUGCAAUACUCCGGGGGGAUAUUUGACGGAGAGUACUGUGGGACGCACCAGACUCAUGCGGUUACGAUUGUUGGUUAUGGGAUUAGUGAAGAAGGGACUAAGUACUGGUUAUUGAAGAACUCAUGGGGAGAAAAUUGGGGAGAAAAUGGUUACAUGAGAAUCAAGAGAGACGUGGAUGCACCUGAAGGAACGUGUGGUUUGGCCCAUUUUGCUUACUAUCCACUUGCAUGAAUCCUGUUAUGUUGUUCGAAUAUAUUUACAUGGGGUUGUUCAUAGUAAUUGACAACAUCCUUAUCGGAUAUCUUAUGAACUAUAUACCGGCGUUUUCGUUGGUUAUUUCUAUUUUGGAAUUUAUGUUAA